GUUACCUCCUGCCUGGACACCCAGCUCCGCGGGGCGUUCUCCUCCACACCAUCUCUGGUCAUGAGCCGUCCAGGAACUGUGAGGAAGGCGGGCGGGAUGCAGCCCGCAGUGGCUGCAGCAGGUCAAACGGUACCCAGAGCCCCAACCGCGCGGCGUUUCACAAUUGAUGAUUUUGAAAUCGGGCGUCCUCUCGGCAAGGGAAAAUUUGGGAAUGUGUACCUGGCUCGCCUGAAGAAAAACCAUUUCAUCGUGGCCCUGAAAGUCCUGUUCAAGUCCCAGAUAGAGAAGGAAGGCCUGGAACAUCAGCUGCGCAGGGAAGUUGAAAUCCAGGCGCAUCUCCAACACCCCAAUAUCCUGCGCCUGUACAACUACUUCCAUGAUGCCCGCCGGGUGUACCUGAUUUUAGAAUAUGCCCCAAAGGGCGAGCUCUACAAGGCGCUGCAAAGGAGCCACACGUUUGAUGAUCAGCGUACAGCCACGAUAAUAGAGGAGUUGGCAGAUGCUCUGAUCUACUGCCAUGAAAAGAAGGUGAUUCACAGGGAUAUUAAGCCAGAGAACCUGCUGCUGGGGCUUAUGGGUGAAGUGAAGAUUGCAGACUUUGGCUGGUCUGUGCACACCCCUUCUCUGAGGAGAAGGACCACGUGUGGGACGCUGGACUACUUGCCCCCAGAAAUGAUCGAGGGGAGAACAUACGAUGAGAAGGUGGAUCUGUGGUGCAUUGGGGUGCUCUGCUACGAGCUGCUGGUAGGAAAUCCACCCUUUGAGAGUGCCUCCACUAGUGAGACCUACAGACGCAUCCUCAAGGUAGAUUUAAGGUUUCCUCCAUCAAUGUCUUUGGGGGCUCGCGACCUGAUCUCCAAGCUUCUCAGAUUCCAACCCUUGGAGAGGCUGCCCUUGGUCCAGGUCUUGGAGCACCCAUGGAUCCGGGCCCACUCUCAGAGGGUGCUGCCCCCAUCUGUUCAUAUGGCUUCCUGAGCCCUGUC